AUGAGCCUUCAGCUCGUUCAGAGCUACGAUUCAGACGAGGACGAAGCGCGUUUAAGGAGCGCUGCUUUCGUGCAAGGAGGCGAUUCGUCAGAUUCUUCGGGCAGCGAUUUGGAAGACGCGGAAGAUGCGGAGGCAGAGGAUAACACCGAGGGGGAAAACCGGGAAGAAGCUUCUCUGGCGAGAGAGGAUAACGGCGGGAAGGAAAUCGCGGGAGGAGCGCUUCCAGCCGGUAGAAUAGGCGGCGCGAGACGGACGGCUGCCGGAUUUUUGCCGGAGAAAGGACCCUCGGGAUUGCCGUCCGCUGCAGCAGCGUUCGAAGCGGUAGAGGGACCACCAUCCUUCCUCGCGCCAACGGCCCUCUCCCACCACAUGCACAUAGCCCGUUCCGGGAAGCUCGUUGCGAUGGGCUCGGCCAAUGAGGAGGCGCCACGUGGCAACGUGUCUGUCGCCGGGGCGGCUGCACCUGCUCCUGCAGCGGUGGUGUUCCGAGAGCGGCGAGCAGGGGGUGUCGGCGGUGGGGUACGGGAGAUUGUAGCAGCGCCCGUGAGAAACCCAAACGCCCCUGCUGCUGCACCUGCUGCUGCAGUGGAAGGGGGGGAUGAGGCAGCAGAGGGCUCUGACGCAGCAAAUGGGGACGCGCCACAUGGCAGAAAGGCAGUGGGCGUGUCAAUGCCACCUAAAGCAGAUGCAGUGGAUUUGCUCAGGAUCUGCCCGACCUGUCAGGUUCCCAAGACUCCUUCCUCGGGGCAGGGUGUGGUCUGCCCGAUUUGCCGCGAUAGGCCAGCAGGAGGCGCUGACGUGGCAGCGGGCAGAGAGAAAGCGAAAAAACGGGACGGGGAUAGCAAAGUCAAGGACAAGGAGAAGUCGAAGCGAAUGAAGGGCCAAUCGUCGCAUGCCACGUGGAAGAGCGAGACAGAGAUGCAGCUGAGGCAGACAUACGACUGA